CAUAUCUGAAGCAACGUUGCACAAACAGUACAGCUGGACCUUUGGUUUCAUUCGAUCCUGAGUGUAAUCCUGUAAUCCUGUAAAAACUAUAGCACUGACAAUCCGUGUGAGAGUAUAUUCCUUUUAAACUCUACAUAUCAGCAUGGCUGUUCAUGAAAAUCCAACUGUUUCUCUGUCUCAGGGUAUUCGUAUGAUGUUUUAUGUUAUGACGCCGAAUGAAACUGCAUUCAGAAACGAGGAAGAGGUUCCAGAAUAUGUCCAGCAGGCUACCCCUUUCUUUAUUGGAAUGUUGGUCCUUGAGUUCUUACUGAGCUGGGUUAAGAAUGGACAGCCUGCCAUCAGGGUUAAUGAUGGAAUCACUUCACUUUCUGCAGGUGUCCUAUCCAGACUUCCAAGAGUCUUAGCAAAGAGUGUGGAGCUGUCUACAUACAUCUAUGUUUGGAACAACUACAGACUACUGGAGCUACCCUGGGACUCUCCUUGGACUUGGUGGCUGACCUUCCUUGGAGUGGACUUUGGAUAUUACUGGGUUCACCGUUUGUCCCACGAAGUGAAUAUAAUGUGGGCCGCUCACCAGGUGCAUCACAGUGCAGAAGAUUAUAAUUUAACCACUGCCCUGAGGCAGUCUUUAACACAGCAGUAUACAUCAUGGCUGUUCUACCUACCAAUGGCAUUGUUGGUGCCUCCGUCUGUGUUUGCUGUUCAUUUACAGUUCAACCUGCUCUACCAAUUCUGGAUUCACACUGAGCUUGUUAGUAACCUUGGCCCUUUGGAACUGGUGAUGAACACUCCAAGUCACCAUAGAGUUCAUCAUGGUAGAAACUCCUACUGUAUUGACAAAAAUUAUGCAGGGACUCUAAUUAUAUGGGAUAGGAUUUUUGGCACAUUUGCACCGGAGAGUGAGAAAGUUAUUUAUGGCCUAACUCAUCCAAUCAACACAUUUGAAGUCCUUUGGGUACAGUUUCAGCACUACGUCCACAUUUGGAACACUCUCUGGGAUACCCCUGGCAUCACAAACAAGCUGUCUGUUAUUUUCAAAGGCCCUGGUUGGGGACCAGGCAAACCAAGACUGGGGCUGCCUGAAGAAUUGCCUGAGAUCACUGGAAAGGAGGUCCCACACAACCCAUCGAUACCAGUAGCACUGCAAGCCUAUGUUAUGUUGCAGUUCCUGUUGAUGCUUAGCAUUUACCAUGAGAUGUUUGCUACCAAGGCUAUAUUAUCACAGAUAACACUGCUCCUGAGGACUGGCUACAUUACACUGACACUGACAUGCCUCGGAUUCCUGAUAGACCAAAGAUCUGAUGCUGCUAUCUGGGAGUCAGUCCGGUGUGUUACAUUUCUUGCAUUCCAUCGAUUUGGCUAUGUGAAAAUGUUCUUGGCUUCCUUAGCCGUACCCACUGAGAUUUUGUUUUUACUCUGCACUGUGUACUGGGGGAGUUUGAGCAGACAAGCUGUGGCAAAGGCAAAACACUAUUAGAAGAUACAUUUUCAACUCUGUGGACCAAGGGCAUGCUUCUGAUAUCAAAUACUAUUGGCAACAUUCCUUAAAUAUAUCACAAAAAAAAAAGUUUUGCUCUUCUCACAUGUGUUUACUGUAAAUGCCUGUUAGACACCUAAUUAUUAGAAUUACAGUAUAGAAGUUUAUUUGAUAAAGCCUGAUACCAACUGCAAAAAAUUACAUUCAUUCAGUGCUGUAUGUUUCUGAACAAAUGCAAUAUAUAUUGAAUACAAAUUAUGUAGUUAGUAGGUUAAUUGGUUAUUAAGCAUUCAACAGCUACUAUAGACUAGUGCAAUCUAAUAUAAUUAUGUUGUAAAUCUUAAUGAUAUGUAUACCCAGAAGUUUCAAUGUUAUAACCUCCUAUUACUGUUAUUAUUUUCUGAAUUCCUUUUUAUCAACUGUCUUCUUUGUGUGAAAGUAAAACCUGUGAAAGGUUUGACAGGUUCAGAUAUGUGCCGGAAAUUAACAAAAAGCAAAGUAAUUCACAGAAUUUGCUAUUUCAUUCCAAAACUCUGUGGAAAUAUUGGAACCAGAAUGUACCUAAUACCACAGGGGUCCAGCUGUGAAAUUUUGAUGAAGGAACCAGCUUCCUUUGAAAGCAGUCUCUCCAUAAAUCACUGCUUAAAAUGAAACACAGUUGUUGAACCAUAAAAACAAGUUACCUAAUAUUAUAAAAAGCAUCAAACUACUUCAGUAGGACCACUGUAAAUGUGUUCAAAUCAUAAUAAUAAAUCAAAAAAAUACUUUAUUUGCAGUUAAAUUACAUUUAUU